AUGCCAGGCAGCUGCACGACUGGCGCUGCGCGGGGCUGGACGUGUACUGCUUCUUCCUCAACGACGACGCCGCCGCCGCCAUGCCGCAGAACGCCGUGCGCAUGCGGCAGCUGGUGCACGCCCUGGCGGACGAGCCGGUGCCUCUCGGAGCAAGCCAGCGCCCGCAGCAUCGCCAGCUUCUUCCGGCCCGCGCCGGCCGCCGGGCGGCCAGGCGCGGCGGCAGGCACGCUGCAGGCCGUCGCCGGCGGGCCAGAGCCGCUGGGCGGCCAGGAGGAGCCCGGCGGCAAGAGGCCCCGGAGGGCGGCGGCUGCGUGCGCCGAAGGAGGGGUGUGA